AUGUCCGACUACGACUUUCGUCCAGGCGGCUCCCUCAAGCUGAAGAAGGGGGCCGCUGAGGACGGUGUUGUUAAGAAGUACGUGAAGAAGAAGUCCAAGUUGAAAGCCGACAAGGACAUUAUCUCAGUUCCUGCGAAGGAUCGCUCCCCUGUCCAUGACUCACCGUCUGGCAGUGGUCGCGAUUCACCUGCUGUUGCUGGAAGUAGUACUGAGGAUCGUAAGACUGCGGCUGAGAAGAGAUUUGAAGCAGUACAGAGGAAGAGGCUCAACGAAAGAGUGAAGAAACUCGCGAAUACGACACACAAGGAUCGUGUGCAUGAGUUCAAUGCCAAGUUGGAGACCCUCAGCGAGCACCACGAUAUCCCCAAGGUUGGGCCAGGAUAAGACGAACAGUACCUCCUUGUGGAGGAUAUUUGCCGUAUGCGUUCGCACCCAUGUUACCGUUCAGUUGGGAGGAUAGUUAUGUUGUGUACCGUGUGUUUUUGUGUGGCUCUACCCUACUCCUCUCCAAUGAAAGUAGUUCUCUG